CUUCGAGUUUAGGGAUCGGUUCCUUACCAAUCCGUAAUCCCCAAGCCUCUCAGUCCCUGACCUCCGCUCGGUGUGGAGUGCGACCCCCCUCAAUGCAGCGUUCUGUGUUAAAGGUGCUCAAGGGAAAUGAGUGAUCGCAUCUGAGUGGCAGAACAAAAAGUACAGUACUGGGUGCUGCUUACAAUGAAUAUGAUUUGGAGAAAUUCUAUUUCCUGUCUAAGGCUAGGAAAGGUGCCACACAGAUGCCAAAGUGGUUACCACCCAGUGGCCCCUCUAGGAUCAAGGAUUUUAUCAGACCCUGCCAAAGUUUUUGAACACAACAUGUGGGAUCAUAUGCAAUGGUCUAAAGAAGAAGAAGAAGCAGCCAGAAAAAAAGUAGAAGAAAACUCAGCUGUGCAAGUCCUUCUGGAAGAACAAGUUAAGUAUGAGAAUGAAGCCAGUAAAUACUGGGACACAUUUUACAAGAUUCAUAAGAAUAAGUUUUUUAAGGACCGUAAUUGGCUGUUGAGGGAAUUUCCUGAAAUUCUUCCACUUGAUCAAAAAACUAAAGAGAAGACUGGAGAAUCAUCAUGGGAUCAUAUGAAAACUAACGCUGCAAAUUGCUUCUCGAGAAUGUAUUGCCCACCUAUGACUGAAGGAGAGAAUCACUGUAAGAAAAGUUCUGACUCCUCAGAUGGUCAAAGCAACACAAGACCUGAUUUUUCCAACCUACACUUUGAAGGACACAGAAAAGGACCUCUGAAGACUGAGUUGUUUCCUGGUAGCAAUGCCAUUUUCAGAAUACUAGAGGUUGGCUGUGGUGCUGGAAAUAGCGUUUUUCCAAUUCUGAACACCCUGAAGAACUUUCCAGAGUCCUUUCUUUAUUGUUGUGAUUUUGCUUCUGGAGCGGUGGAGCUAGUAAAGUCACACUCGUCCUACAGAGCAGGCCAGUGUUCCGCCUUUGUUCAUGAUGUGUGUGAUGAAGGUUCACCCUACCCUUUUCCAGAUGGGAUCCUGGAUGUUGUUCUCCUUGUCUUUGUGCUCUCUGCUAUUCACCCUGACAGGAUGCAAGGUGUUAUAAACCGGCUGUCCAAGUUACUGAGACCUGGUGGAAUGCUGUUAUUUCGGGACUAUGGAAGAUAUGAUAAGACUCAGCUUCGUUUUAAAAAGGGGCAUUGUUUAUCCGAAAAUUUUUAUGUUCGAGGAGAUGGUACCAGAGCGUAUUUCUUUACAAAAGAGGAAAUCCACAGUAUGUUCUGCAAAGCUGGUUUAGAUGAAAAGCAAAAUCUGGUUGAUCGUCGCUUACAAGUUAAUAGGAAAAAACAAGUGAAAAUGCACCGAGUGUGGGUUCAAGGCAAAUUCCAGAAACCAUUGCACUAGACUCAAAAUACCUCCGAAUUAGUAUUUUCACUCCUUUCUCAUGACUGAACUGUGUACUAUGUCAAGGCACAAAACCAGAGGACCAUACUCCUUGGACUCCUACAGAUUUUUCAUUUUUUAGAAGAUAAUGAGAAGAAAAGAAGACAAUUUGUAUUUCUUGCAGUUUUAUCAUAGGUGAGUUCUGAACAUUUUAAGCACAUCUGAUUUGGAAGAGUACAAUAUUUCCUAUGUUUUGAAAACUUAAUAUGCCCAAGCUUGUUUGAGUUAAUAACAUCCAGCCAUUUCAUCUGUUCUUUGAAUUUUGUAAGCAUUCCAUUAAAUUACUGAUAAUAAAUUGGAUAACUCUUU